AUGGACGAGGCCUGCACCGAGAAGCCUCCAAAGGAGAAUCCAAAGCAGUUCCUCCAGAGGAUGAAGGGCAAGAGCGUUGUUGUUUCCCUGAAGUGGGGGCAGUCCUACGAAGGCGUUCUUGUCAUGUCAGACAACUAUUUCAAUAUACUUCUUGACAAAUGCAUUGAGAAGGAUGGAGAAGCAAGUAUGGAGGUUGGAGAGGUUUCCAUCAGAUGCAACAACAUCAAAAGCAUAUCUGAGGGAUGA